CUAGCAGCGUUGGCUCUCUGGAUGUGUGACGUUAGUUGAAGGUGUUGCCGUAGUCUUAUUGCAGUUAAAUCUUUCAUUCGUAACAAAUCAACAAUGUCUUCAGUUCAGCAUCUGAGAGAGUUCGUCACCGAGCGACUAACUGCUGCUGCUGAAGAAAUAUUCGGAGUCUUUGAGAAAACUAUCGUCGAGUACGAGGAGGAGAUCGAGCGACAGCGCAGACUGCUGGAUAUCGUUUGGAAACCAGAAAUAAGGCUCCACAGGCCAGAGCUGCCACAGCAACACAUUUGUCAGGAGCAGGGGGUUCUAGGUGACCAGCAGCUCUGGAACCAGGAGAGGAACUCCAGUCUGGACCAAGAGGACCAAGAGCCUCCACAGAUUAAAGAGGAACAGGAGGAGCUCAGCAGCAGUCAGGAGGGAGAGCAGCUUGGACUGAAACAGGAGACCGAUCCCUUUAUGUUGACUCCUACUUAUGAGGAAAGGGACCACAGUGAAGCAGAACCAACCAGUGACCAGCAGCUCCUCUGUCACAGCUCUGCUGUAGCUGAGAGCCAGGAUCAGGAAGGAAGCCAGCAUGGAGACUCAGGAUCAGCUAGUAAUGCAGAGCCAAAGCCAGAGCCAAAGCCAAAGAGGAGAAGUCACAAAGACACAAGUCACAGUAGCAAUGUGGACACCUCUCCCCUGCAGGUUUCAAGCAAUCAUCAGCACUGAAUUAUCAUUUAAAAACCCACAUAGGAAACGUGGAAAAAGUUUCAUAUAUAACAGUUCCUUGUUGUCCCAUAUGAUCACCCAGCCAGGUGAGAAGCCGUAUGUUUGUAACACCUGUACGAAAAGAUUCUGUUCAUCAGCAGACUUGAAAAAAC